AUGAAUAACAUUCCGUUUGUGGCUUCGACUGUCGUGGCGGAGGAAAGGGUGCAAAGUAUUGCUGCACCGUUUGCAGUAGAGCUGCUAUACAAACUAACAGCUACAAUGCGCUCCAAACUUUUCUGCUUCAAAAGCCGCGAUCCGCGACGUGAUACGCCAAGAACUGUUUACCGGACCACCAACCUAAACCCAAACACUUUGGGAAAGGUGCAGUGGGGAGUCACGGUGUGGUGUGCUUCGAUGACAGUCAUUAAUCCCCAUCAAAUGUUUUCCCAUCAUAGUCUACAGGUCAUCAUCAUCAUUGACAGCAUGACAUCAGCGUUCAACACAGAUGCUUCACUGCCGUACAACCAAACUGAAAACAAGAACGCCACUGACAUCUGUCGGCAGCCAUAUCUUGUAGUGUCUCCAACCAGGCACAGCGAGGAUCACGCGAUCCCCAUCCUGGAAGGAUGCCUGAAAACGUCUCACUUCCGCUGCUCGAAUAGGCCAAGUCUCACAACCAUACAACAAAAACAGCCCGCACUGUGUCUCAAGUUAGCAAACGCGGUUCGAGCCUUGCAGAUUUGUGCGUUCACCUCAUCUGUCACACUACAAUCAAAACGAGUACAAACUCCAACAUACGUAAAACGCUCCACAACUGCCAUUACCUAUCCCUGGAUUGCAUGUGUCGUGUUCAGUGACUGCACGUCCACGAGCAUGACCUUAUGCCUUGUAGGUGCAAAGUGCAUACCAAAGGAAGGGAUGAAUCCGGAGACCCUGCAGCGUUCGUCUCAUGAUUUCAUCGAUCACGAAGUUGAAAAGGAAUGGAGAGAGUGGGUAUCCCUGACGGCCACCACUUUGUGUACGGAAGCUCUUGGAGAGCUCUCCGUACACACUCACACGCCCAAAAGUCUGAGAAUACAAAGAACCUAUUAUGUUUACAAACGUCCGAGGCAUUCCUUGCUUGAGGAAGGCGACCUUCCCUCUGCUUGGAAAGUAGCGGUUGUCACACCAAUUUACAAAAAUGCUGACCGACUGUCUCCUGGCAGCUACUGGCCUAUAAGCCUCACUGGCGUGCGCGCAAGUCCUGCUGCUCCACAAAGCGUUCCUAUCCGAGAGAUCAUUCCCAUGGGGAACAGGCUCGACUUCUCUUCUCCAGCGCCGGUCUCCGUUGGAGUUCCUCAAGGAUCCGUUUUAAGGCCACUUCUGUUCCUGAUAUACUUCCACGACUUUCCAAAUGUUCCUGCAAGUUCAGGUCUACCUUUUGCUGACGACCUGAAAUCCUGA